AUGUUAAAAAAAAAAGAAGUAACCUUUUUUAAAUUGGAUAAUAUUAUAAAUACACAAAACGAUAUGAAUAAUAUGGAAGAAAAAAAGAGAAAAAUAAAUGAAACAGAAAAAAAAAAUAUAGAAGAAGUAAGUAUAAAUAAUGUUACAUUAAAAAAUUUUAAUAAUAUUCAUAAUUCAUACUCUCAAAUAACAGAAAUGAAAAAUAAACAUGGAAUAUUACCACUAACUAUGAGUGAUUUAAAAAUAAAUAUUGGUGAUGAUAAAAACUUAAAAGUAGAAGAAUUUAUGACUAAUUUUAUUAGUAAUGUUUUUGAAAGUAAAAAUGCUUUAUAUUUAUAUUGUAAAUAUGUAUUAUUAUUUUAUGGAAAAGAUUUAAUAGAUGAAAAAAAUAUUGAUUCUUUAAAUUUUGAAAUAAUAAAGGGAGGAAUAACAAAUAUAUUAGUUAAAGUGGAAGAUAAUUUACAAAAAAAAAAAUAUUUAAUACGAUUAUAUGGUCCUAAAACUAGUGAGAUAAUUAAUAGAGAAAGAGAAAAAAAAAUUUCCAGUAUAUUAUGUGAAGUAAAUAUAUCUAAAAAAAUUUAUGUAUUUUUUCCAAAUGGGAGAAUUGAAGAAUUUAUGGAUGGUUAUGCUUUAUCAAAAGAAGAUAUAAAAGAUAAAGAAUUUCAAAAAGAAAUUGCAAAAAAACUAAGAUUAUUACAUGAUAUUUCUUUAAAUGAUUCUUUAUUUAAACAAUUACAAAAUUUACAAAAUAUUGAAAGUAAUGAAUCUUCCUUUUUGUGGCAUACCAUUUGGAAGUAUUUUAAUUUGUUAAACGAAGAAAGAAAAAGUAAUUAUACAUUUAGUUCAAAGAAAAAUAUUUUAAAUUUAAUUGAUUUUAAUAUGUUAAAAUUAACAAUAAAAGAAGUUGAAAAAUUAUGUUCUCAAAAAAAAUCACCAAUAGUUUUAUGCCAUUGUGAUCUUUUAUCUUCUAAUAUUAUUAAUGGAAUUGAUGGUUCUAUUUCUUUUAUUGAUUUUGAAUAUUCUUGUCCAAUGGAAAGAGCUUUUGAUAUAGCUAAUCAUUUUAAUGAAUAUGCUGGGUUCAAUUGUGAAUGGAAUUUAAUACCUUCUAGAAAUGAAGAAUAUCAUUUUAUUAAACAUUAUUUAAAAACAGAUGAUGAAAAUUUAAUAUAUAAAUUAAUUGAUGAAAUUCAACCAUUUUAUUUAUCUUCUCAUAUAAUAUGGGGAUUAUGGGCACUUUUGCAAGCUAUGCAUUCAACAAUUGAUUUCGAUUUUAUAAAUUAUGCUAUCCAUAGACUAUCAGCUGCAUAUUCGCCAAUAUUUAGAUGUAAAAUUGAUACUAAUAUAUAA